UAGCAGUGGAGUAGUCAUCUUUCACUUUGAACUUUCUUUCAGGCGGGCAUCGAAGCAAGUGCAAGUUAUAAAGGAUGAUAAUAUGUCUUAGUUCUGUCAUUCUCACGGCAAACCAUGAGGUCCAACGCAGUCAUCUUCUUCCUUCUCCACCUCUUCUCACACCUCCAAGCGUACACCCUAGUGGACAAUUUCACCAUCAGUUGCGGUUCCUCCGGAACAUCCUACGACGGCCAAAGGACAUGGACCGGGGACAUAGGUUCACCGCUCUUAACAAACGAAUACGACACCGUUUCAGCCAAAGCCACAACGCAAUCUCCUUCGAUCAACCAAGUUCCCUAUGCCACAGCUCGCCUUUCUCAUUCCGAAUUCAGUUACUCCUUCUAUUUCUCAACCGGAGGUCCAAAAUUUCUUCGCCUCUUCUUCUUUCCAGCUUCUUAUCCUUCAUAUUCACGCACCCAGGCAUUCUUCUCUGUUCACUCCAAUCAAUUCAUUCUCCUCCAAGAUUUCAACGCCUCUCUCAACGCCGACGCUCAAGCCAUCGACACUAUCUUCAGAGAAUACGUCGUCAACGUCAAAGACGGUGAGAGUCUUAUCCUUACCUUCACCCCCUCCCAUCCAAACUCCUACGCUUUCAUCAAUGGAAUCGAGGUGCUUUCCAUGCCAACCGAUUUAUAUUACACUCCACUAGAUGACCCAGGAUUCACUCUCGUGGGACAUGAUACGCUAUUCAGCGUCGGAAGUAGCACUGCCAUGGAAACAGUGUAUCGUAUUAAAACCGGGGGCCAGGAAAUCUCUCCAAAAAACGACACCGGUUUGUUCAGGAAUUGGGCUGACGAGAAAAGUUAUUUUAUCAAACACAGUCCAAGGAAUGAUGAUCUACCAGCUGACAUGGAUGGGAAAAUGAAUAUAACCGUGAAUCCCGAUUACUUGGCACCAAAGGAACUGUUCAGAACAGCGCGUAUCAUGGGCACAAACGCCACUCUGAACAGAAUGAGCAACCUCACUUGGGAGUUCCCCGUUGAUUAUGGCUUCACUUACGUUCUCAGGCUCCACUUUUGCGAGCUUGAUCCCAAUAUUAAUAACAUCGGUGACAGGCGAUUCUCCAUUUACAUAGGGAGUCAGUUGGCUGAUUCGCGUGCAGAUGUAAUGGUUUGGAGUCAGAAACAAAAAGGUCUAGCUGUGCAGAAAAACUAUGCCUUUUUGAUUCCCGAGAAUAGUGUUCAGAAAAAGUAUAAUCUCUCGCUUCAAAUGCACCCUUACGGAAGCAGUGUGUAUUCGAGAUACUCAGAUGCCUUCCUGAACGGUCUAGAGAUUUUCAAAAUCAGCGACACUAGGUCUAACAACCUCGCCGGACCUAACCCGGAGCCGAUUGAGACAUCACAUCAAAAGGAAAAUAGAAGAAGCAGAAGCAAAAACCUGAUAAUUGGUAACACGGUGAAGGUAGUUUCCGGUGUCGUUUUCAUCUUGCUUGUCCUUUUCUUUAUCCGGUUGUUGACAACUUCCAAGUGGAGUGCACCGUUGUUCUUAACGACCAAGUCAACCAAGCGACACAAUUUUUCUCUGCCUUCUGGUCAAUGCCGCCGAUUUUCUCUAGUCGAGAUCAAAGCCGCCACCAAAAACUUCAAUAACGUCCUUAUCGUCGGCGACGGAGGAUUUGGACACGUAUAUAAGGGCUACAUCGACGACGGCUCAGUGCCCGUCGCUAUCAAGCGCCUUAGACAGGGUUCCCAGCAGGGGGCUAGCGAGUUCGUUAACGAGAUCCAGAUGCUCUCGCAACUCCGCCACCGCCAUCUCCUCUCACUCAUCGGUUACUGCUGCGAUAACAAUGAGAUGAUCCUCGUUUACGAGUUCAUGAGACGUGGAAACCUCCGUGAACAUCUCUACGGCACCGAUAACCCCCCUCUCUCGUGGAAGCAGCGGUUGAAGAUUUGCGUUGGCGCUGCGCGCGGACUACGCUAUCUUCACACUGGCGCGAACCACAUGAUCAUCCACCGUGACGUGAAAACGACGAACAUCUUGUUGGAUGAGAAAUGGGUGGCGAAGGUUUCGGAUUUCGGGCUGUCCAAAAUUGGGCCGAAUGAGAUGUCGAAGUCCCAUGUGAGCACCGUCGUAAAAGGCAGCUUUGGGUAUUUGGAUCCGGAAUAUUACAUUCGACGGCGGCUGACGGAGAAAUCUGACGUGUAUUCUUUUGGGGUGGUGUUGUUUGAGGUACUCUGUGCCCGUUCUCCUCUGAUUCAUACUGAAGAAAUCGAACAGGUGUCACUAGCCAAUUGGGCCAGAUAUUGUUGCCAAAAUGGGACAGUGACGGAGAUUGUGGACCCCAUAUUGAAAGGGAAGAUCGCUCCCGAUUGUUUGGCCAAGUUUUGUGAGAUUGGGGUGAGUUGUUUAUCACAAGAGGGGAUGCAGAGGCCUUCCAUGAACGAUGUCGUUUUGAUGUUAGAGUCUGCACUGAAACUGCAAGAGAGUGCCGACCAAGGCGCAACACAGGAAGCCAUUGACCAUGUGCUUGAUCUUGGAGAGCACCACAAUAGUUGCAAGGAUAAUGAUAAGUUGAUGUUGGAUCUUUUUUCUGAGAUUGUCGACCUAGAGCCACGUUGAAGUUACCAGUAAAACAUGAAAAGGUUUGCUUAAACAGUUACAUUUGAAGACCUAAUAUUAUCUGGAUACUCCAAAUUUAUGUAUUCAGUUUCGUGGUUGUAGUGUUAAAGUAGUGUUAUCUCUCUAUAUCAAUCAG